AUCAAAUGGACAUUUCCCAAACCAAAACAAAGGCAAGGGGCGGCGGCGCGUCAUCCUCACUCCCCAGUCACCUCACCCUCUCGGUCGCCGGGGCGGGGCGAUGAGCCUCAGCAGCGGCGCCGCGCCGGACUCCCGCGUGGAGACCAUCUCCCGGCUGGCGCAGUGGCGCAUCGACACCCUGGGCCCCUGCUGCUUCCGCCGCUCCGACCCCUUCAAGCUCGGCAUCUGGAACUGGUACCUGUCGGUCGAGAAGACCCGCUCCCUGUGCAUCCGCCUCUUCCCGGAGCCCGGCCGGGUGGCCAAGGAGCAGCCCCCUCUCGCGCGCUUCCUGCUCCGCGUCUCCUGGCCCGGCCCGCCGCGCCGCUCCUGCGCAUCCCCUGUGCAAGAGCAGCUUCUCCGAACCAGUGAUGACUUUGUAUGGCAAGUUGAUGCCAUGUCCCAUGGGCGUUUCACAAUCGAUGUUGAGUUUCUAGACCUGAGGAUAGCCACUAACAAUGCUACCGAAUCAUCUUCGUCGAUCUGGCCUAAUGAAGGAAUGGUGCCGAGAAUUGCUGGUAACAGCACUCUGGGAUGCCUUUCCCGCAUGCUGACAGAGUCAAUCCACACGGACGUGACCAUCAACAUGACUGAUGGCGUCCUCAAGGCCCACAAGGCUGUGCUGGCAGCUUGCUCUCCCGUGUUUGAGAGCAUGUUCGUGCACGACCUCAAGGAGAAGGAGUCGUCCACGGUGAGCAUCAACGACAUGUGCCUGGAGUCGUGCUCGGCACUUCUGGGCUUCAUCUACGGGACGAUCAAGCAGGAACAGUUCUGGAAGCACCGGCUGUCGCUGCUGGCAGCGGCGAACAAGUACGGCAUCGGCGACAUCAAGGACUGCUGCGAGGAGAGCCUGCUGGAGGACAUCAACUCGAGCAACGUCCUGGAGCGGCUCCACGUGGCGUGGCUGUACCAGCUGGGGAGGCUGAAGAAAGGGUGCCUCAGCUACCUGUUUGUGUUUGGGAAGAUUUACGACGUGAGGGAUGAGAUCCAUAGCUUCUUCCACCACGCGGACCGCGAGCUGAUGGUGGAGAUGUUCCAGGAGGUGCUCAGUGUCUGGAAAGGAAGCUGGCUCUGUCAAUAUCUAUGUAUUUAUUUGUUGAGUGUGUACUAUAUUGGAAAGGUUGCUUGGAAUUUGAAGGGCCGUCAAGGAGAGACUCCCCACCACCUGCUGUUGGUUAGUUGGUUGAUUAUAUCAGUAGUACGUUGCAAUCAAGGCUCGUCUUCUACUCCUCUCCUUCCGAGAAAUAGCAACCAACCAGACCCGGCGACCAAACCGAUGAUGGCCCGCCGCCUGCUGCUCCUGGCGGCCGCGGCCUCCCUCGCCGCCACCCUGCUGCUGCCAGGGCCGGCGACCGCCCUGCAGGUGGGCGACACGUGCUCCGCCGAUGCCGCCUGCGGCUCCGGCCUGCACUGCAGCGCCUGCGGCGGCGGCGGCGGCGGGGACAGAAUCUGCACGCGCGCCGCGCCCAUCGACCCGGCCACCCACGGCACCGGCCUGCCCUUCAACAACUACUCCUGGCUCACCACGCACAACUCCUUCGCCCUCGCCGGCGCCGUCUCCGCCGCCACCGGCCAGGCUGUCAUCACGCAAACCAACCAGGAGGACACCGUCACCGCCCAGCUCAAGAAUGGUGUUAGGGGCUUGAUGCUUGACACUUAUGACUUCAACAAUGAUGUCUGGCUCUGCCACUCAUUUGGUGGGAUCUGCUACAACUUCACUGCCUUUCAACCAGCCAUCAAUGUCUUCAAAGAAAUCCAGACAUUCCUUGACGCAAACCCGUCAGAAGUAAUCACGAUCUUCCUGGAAGACUACACCGCUAUAGGGUCCUUGCCGAAAGUGUUCAAUGCUUCGGGCCUUAUGAAGUAUUGGUUCCCAGUGGCAAAAAUGCCAAAGAGCGGUGGCAACUGGCCUUUGCUCAAGGACAUGAUCAGCCAGAACCAGCGCCUGGUAGUCUUCACAUCAAAGAAAUCCAAGGAAGCAAGCGAGGGGAUCGCAUACGAGUGGAAUUAUGUGGUGGAAAACCAAUAUGGAGAUGGAGGUAUGGUAGAAGGCCAAUGCCCCAACCGUUCAGAGUCGCCGGCCAUGGAUUCCAAAAGCCAAUCGCUUGUUCUGAUGAACUUUUUCACGACCGACCCGAGCCAGACCGGUGUUUGCGGGAAUAACUCGGCACCGCUUGUUAGCAUGCUGAAAACUUGCCAUGCUGCUUCAGGCAAUCGGUGGCCCAACUUCAUCGCUGUUGAUUUUUACAUGAGGAGCGAUGGUGGAGGAGCUCCCCUAGCCACGGAUGUGGCAAAUGGGCAUAUGGUAUGUGGAUGUGACAACAUCGCCUAUUGCAAGGCCAAUUCGACGUUCGGGACCUGCGUGAUACCACCGCCGCCGCCACCCAGGGCACCCACGCCCGGCAGCAGCUCAAGAGCAGGUGAUGCGAACUCGGCAAUGGGAACGGUGUCUCACCAUCAUUGCAGCUUCUUCCUAGGACUGGCGUCUCUGCUUGUGUUGUUGCUCUGGUAAGAGCUAGCUAGAUUGGUGACCAAUUCAUUGAAGCCUUGUGCUUCCGUCAACUUGAUUUGGUUUGUAACAUCUUUGCCUGAGCUGUAUAUUAUAAUUGUUUGAGUUAUUAGUGAGCAGCGUAGCGAGAUCGACACGGAAAUAAAAUUAAAUCAUAUAUCAUUUGUUCCUUCAACUUCAGUGGUGUUGUCGUAGUGGUUUUUAAGAUUAUAUAAAUAUACCGGUUAUGUAUAUGCUGCAUCA